AUGACAUCACUCCCCGCCCCCAGCACCCUCCCCCAUGCCUCCGACGAAGAACUAACCCACGUCCUCGACCUCCUCUUCGAGCCCUCGCCUCCCCUCCGCACAAUCACUCUCCCCGUCCUCCGCUCCGCCACUUUCCCCUCCUACGACGUCCUCAUCACAGCCGUAAACGCCCAACUCAACGCCCUAGCCAUCUCGUCAGACCCAGCCCACCUAAACACCCUCUCCGAGAUCCUCUGUGCACAUCCCCGCCUCGGCGAGAAGAAGGUCGACAGCGAACAGAGCCGUAAAGAGCAGGCGCAGUUGAACACGGGUGGGGAGGCGGAAGCGGAGAAGUUGGCGGCGUUGAAUCGUGAGUAUGAGGAAGUGUUUCCGGGGCUGCGAUACGUUGUCUUUGUAAACGGCCGUGCGAGACCGGAGGUCAUGCAUAAUAUGCGCGAGCGCAUCGAUCGCGCCGAUGUACGCGCCGAGAGGGCAGACGCCAUUCAGGCCAUGUGUGAUAUUGCACGCGACCGCGCGGCCAAACUGCAGAAUGUAGAUGCAUAG